CAUCGGACUAAAUGAAGAACAGAAAGGAUAUCAGAAAGUGGCCUUUGACUUUGCAGCCCGGGAGAUGGCUCCCCAUAUGGCAGAGUGGGACCAGAAGGAACUGUUCCCCGUGGACAUGAUGCGGAAGGCAGCCCAGCUAGGCUUUGGUGGGGUCUACGUACGCACGGACGUCGGUGGGUCUGGACUGUCCCGGCUCGAUGCCUCUGUCAUCUUUGAAGCCUUGGCGACGGGCUGCACCAGCACCACCGCCUACAUAAGCAUCCACAACAUGUGUGUCUGGAUGAUCGAUACCUUUGGCAACGAGGAACAGAGGCACCGGUUUUGCCCACCACUCUGCACCAUGGAGAAGUUUGCUUCCUACUGCCUCACUGAGCCAGGUGGGUUUGCCGGUCUACAGGUGAGAUGGCACUCAAGUACGGUCACUGAGCACUCCCCGUGGUCGGCAAACU